AUGGCACCUCCAACCUUUCCUAAUGGCAUGUCCCUUCACACGAUAGGGUUCGCUGCUCUCAAAUACCCGGCCCUGCCACCGCCACCCGUCAACGUCCCAUUAUCCAACCAAGUCGGCGUGCUUCAACACCUACCACGAACUGCUCAGAACCACGCGCUGGCCCAGAUCGCCUCACAAUACCUCACCGCUCUCCUCGAAUACCAAACCAGCGACGACCCUACCCUUCACGAUCCCUCUUUGCCGCAGUACUACUUCUCGACUGCCAUCUGCCUCCUCAAUUUCCUCAACUCCAAUCCCGAUGUCUGCAAACGCGUCGCGGCAUACCCCACUCUCGUCAACGGUGUUAUCGAGAAGUUUCUCUUGCCCGAUUUUCUAGAUGACAUGAAGAAAGUCGAGAGGCCUGGGGGCGCUCAUUUCCCUCCCGCAACUUUCGACGCUGAUUUCGGCAGCCUCUUGCAGUUCUUGUCAACAAUGCUUCUAUAUACGGCCGAGAUAGAGUCCCUACACCCGCGAAUCAAGGAGCUUAUACCAAACCUACGCACCUGGAAAAAGACAUAUCGUCAUAGUCCCGUCAGGACGAUAAGUAAUGCGGCGGAACGGCUGGUGGACCAGAUUCAAGGCAUGGAUCCUACAUCAAUUGCCAAGAUAAGGACCAUGCAGGAGGAUAGUUUGGUCUGCGGCGUUUCUUCGUGUAAGGUUGGAGCGCCGGGCUUGACGGUGUGUGCGGUGUGUCGGAUUCAGCGGUACUGUGGCAGAGAGCACCAGAAGAUGGAUUGGAAGCACCAUAAGCACAUUUGUAAUAAGGGCUUGCAGGAACCCGCUACGGCAACAUCUUGA